AAACAUAUUUUGUCUGCAUUCAAUGUCCUUAGCAUUCUUAAGUCAAAUUCUCACACUGAAUCUGUUAAACAAGCAUCAGAUAACAAGGCACAGCUGGAUGUAGUAAUCUAUAAAUACCAACCGAUGCAGUUCUCCGAGCAAUGCCGACAAUUAAUGAGAUAAGAGUCACGUGGGCGAUUUUUACGUCAGAGGUGAGCUUCCUGCAAAUUCUCGCUUUAUCUUAAACAAAACAAUGGAAGAAGACUCGUUAGAUGGAUUUUCCCUUGCUCCUGAAGAAAUUAGACCCUAUAAUUUUGAGCCUUUAUUAAAUCAAACUCAAGGCAGUGAUAGAAGUGAAUCUGAAGAUUCAGAGGGAGGUGAUUUGGAGGAGGAAAAUGCAGAUGGGGUAAUUGGAACCCGCAGAGAGAAUUUAGCAUGGUGUGUCUGUGAAAGGUGCCAAGUAAUGGAAACAAAUGAAGAAUGUUUAUGCUGCCAUGAAAUUGCACCCAUUUUGGUAAAAGUAGAAGCAAAGGAGUUAAAGUGUAUCACAGAACAUGAUGGGUUUCAGGGAAAUUGCCUCAAUAUUGACGUCCUGGAAGUCUCCAUGUAUGAGUUUGUAGACACUGAUGGGCCCCUUGAUGACAAUGAGCCAAUACAUGAAUUAUAUAGAUACUUGGCCUACAGAAGAUUCACUCGUUGGAUCUGGCAUAUCCUAGGGAAAAAGAGACGAAAAAUUAUCCCUGCUUGUGUGGUAUCCAAAAUCAGACAGACAUUUCCAUCUGAGUCUUAUGCUGGUUUCAAAUAUCCACGUUUAUGA